UUCUUUUUACCGCAGCAAUAGUUUGUCCGCCACCUCGGUAGCUUGCUAGACAAAAUAGCUGAAACAAUACAUUACUUUCGACGCUUUAGUGUAUAUUAGCCACUGUGUUUUAAACCCAAUUCUGUCCUCUACUUAUCCGAUUUCAUUUCAUAUUUACUGUGUUGUUGUUAUUAGUCACCUAGCGGGCUGGUUAAGUUAGCAUUUAGCCUAGCUAGCUAACAUCUCCGACCAUGAGGUCACUGAGCUACUCUCCUGAUAAAGAAGUGAAAGAGGAGGAAGAGAAGGAUGUUACAAUACAAAAACAAGUAGAGGGUGAGGCCAUUACCGUGAAAGAAGAGAAAGACGUUUCAGUGAAAGAAGAUGAAGACGUUUCAGUGAAAGAAGAUGAAGACGUGUUCAGAGUAAAAGAAGAGGAGGAUGCAGUUUUUGAAGUGAAAGAUGAGAAGGGGGAGAUGACUGUCACAUCGAAAAAGGAGGGGGAAGAAGAGGAGGAAACGGGAUAUCUGGGCCCGGUUUCCCAAAGGCAUAUUAAGGCAUCCAAUGGUUCUAAUGAUGAACGUUCCCUGAUUAACACUAGAGAGAGUGGGGACUAUCGUGGAUCCUCAACAACCUCAUGAUGCUGAAGAGGCAGAGAAGAGUCUCUCCAGAUCAAAACACCUCAAGAAACACCUGCAGAGAUCCACAGGGAAGAGAACUCGCUUCUGCUCGGACUGUGGGAAGAGAUUCACCUCCUCAUCAGGCAUUAAAAUUCAUCAGAGAACACACACAGGAGAGAAACCUUAUAGCUGUGAUCAAUGUGGGAUGAGUUUUCCUACAUCAAGCCAUCUGAUUCGACACCAGAGAAAACACACAGGAGAGAAACCUUAUAGCUGUGGUCAAUGUGGGAAAGUUUUGGUCAAUCUGACCAGCUGACUCAACACCAUAGAACACACAGGAGAAAAAUCUCAUAGCUGAGACCAGAGAUAAUCUGAUAAAAGAUCUCUGAUCAAAUAUUAGAAAAUACAUACAUGAAGGAGUUGUUUCAUGAUUUCAAUGAAUUAAUGUCACAAAGUGGAAUGUUUUAACAUUGUAGUAGGGUUAUUUUAAUGAUUUCACAAUGUAGAAGCCUAAACGUUUUUCCCCCUUAUGAAUUGAUUUCAACAUGACAUGGAUAUUAGCCUCGGGAAAAAUCCAGGCUCUGAAAUGGAAGAGUACUAUUUAUGUGAUUUAACAAAAAUUGACAAACAAAGAGUUCAAAUCAAAUUUAUUUAUAUAGCGCUUCUUACAUCAGCUGAUAUCGCAACGUGCUGUACAGAAACCCAGCCUAAAACCCCAAACAGCAAGCAAUGCAGGUGUAGAAGCACAGUGGCUAGGAAAAACUCCCUAGAAAGGCCAAAACCUAGGAAGAAACCUAGAGAGGAACCAGGCUAUGAGGGGUGGCCAGUCCUCUUCUGGCUGUGCCGGGUGGAGAUUGUAACAGAAUAUGGCCAAAAUGUUCAUAAAUGACCAGCAUGGUCAAAUAAUAAUAAUCACAGUAGUUGUCAAGGGUGCGUCAGGUCAGCACAUCAGGAGUAAAUGUCAGUUGGCUGUUCAUAGCCGAUCAUUAAGAGUAUCUCUACCGCUCCUGCUAUCUCUAGAGAGUUGAAUACAGCAGGUCUGGGACAGGUAGCACGCCCGGUAAACAGGUCAGGGUUCCAUAGCCGCAGGCAGAACAGUUGAAACUGAAGCAGCAGCACGGCCAGGUGGACUGGGGACAGCAAUGAGUCCUCAUGCCAGGUAGUCCUGAGGCAUGGUCCAAGGGCACAGGUCAUCCGAGAGAGAGAAAGGAGGGAAUUAGAGAGAGCAUACUUAAAUUCACACAGGACACCGGAUAAGACAGGAGGAGUACUCCAGAUAUUUCAAACUGACCCUAGCCCCCCGACACACAAACUACGUAGCAAAAUACUGGAGGCUGACGUUGAAAAUAUGACUAUGCAAUCAAAUAUUUAAUAUUUACAUUUCAUGUAACAUUUGGUAGUGAUAUUUAUUCAUCCAACCAACUGACAAUUUUCGGUACAAUUAUUUUGACAUUGUUGCCCUGUUUUUAGAAUAUCAGGGUUAAUUCUCACAUGUGCCAAACCAAAUGUACGAGAUCAUGACAUUGGGGACUGGGCCCCGAUCCAGCAACAUGGAAAACGAGUGAACCCUGAAAAUAGAGAGAAGCUCCGCAGUGAGGUGGAAAGUUACUACGGAUAUCGCAGGAGUUUCCUCUUGAAAUCAGACAUGUCUGUGAGGUUGGAGAGCCAGGUGUGCUAUUCUCCUUGCGGAGAUGGCACAGGAAAAAGCGUCACGAUCGGUUCCAGCAGUUGGGCUGGCCAAUACGGUGCGUUUUUCUUGGAGGGAAAGAGAGAUGGAGCCUUGGGGGAGAGAAACCUUUGCAAGGACCAUUCUGAUGGGGCAUCUGAAGUUGAAGGUGAAAGAUGUCCUCUGCCUUCAGGGGAAUCCGGUGGAGAAAGGGUUUGAUGUGACUGUACAUUUGGAAGAACAGCAUGACGAGAUUAUGAAGAUGGUGAGGGAAGGGAAAGAAGAAGGACCCCUGUGCCAUUACACGGUGACCAGCCUGGCAAGGAACAACUUCAGGGUGGUCACCGUAACCAUGUACAAUCCGCAUGUGAAGGAUGAAGAGGUGAGGGCCUUUCUGGGGAGAUAUAUGGACAAUGUCUCCUCAGCGAGGUACCUCAGGGACUCCCUGGGUUUCUGGAACGGAAAGAGAGGGUUCCAGGCGUUACUCAGGGAGUCCCCGAAGAGUGUGGAUGGCUACCUCCAUCCUCCGGCGAUGUUCUCCCUGGGGGCUGACAGGGGAACACUCUACUAUGCACGUCAGCCCCCGUUCUGCAGGCGUUGUAUGGCCUACGGCCAUACCCUGGCCUUGUGCAGUAACAAGAAAUGUCGGUUUUGUGGGUCGGAAGACCACAAGGCCAGGGAGUGUGACGAGCCCAAGGCUUGCCACGGGUGUGGCUCCAGAGAACACCUGUGGCGUGAUUGCCCGGCUCGUCACAGGUCAUACGCGUCUGCAGCUGGGGGGGAGCAGGGGAUGGGGGGAGAAAAGAAAGGACGCGUGCGGAUUGUACGUAUGGCACAGGGGAAAGGACGGAGAAGGACGAAGAAGGGAAGAAGGAAGAGGCGAAAAGAAAGAGGAGAGAAGAUGGAAAGAAGGAAAAAGGAGAGAUUAAAAAGAAGGUGGAAGAACGUGGAGGAGCAGAGAAGAGGGAGAAGGGGACAGUGGUACGAGAAGGAGUGGAAGAGGGAAUGGGGACAGUGACGGAGAAGGAGG